CGUGACUUCGGGCGGCGCCGCGCGGGCGUCCUUUCCUGCCGCUUCCCCUCAGGCCCGGCGGCGGCCCCGGCUUCCUGCACCUGCCAGGCCGCCCUCUCCCACUCCACCCCUCUCCGCCUGUUUGCUCGUUCUCGCGCGCUCAGACCUGCCUCGCGUCCUGGGCACUCGGGGCCUGGUCUGAGGGCCGGGGACCAGGCGCCAGCAAGGACCGAGGAGGUCCGUCUGGCAUCAUGAAGUUCACAUUCGGGAGGGGAAACACCGAAUAGAAGCAAACGCUGCAGUUUGCAGACCCUGAAAUCUCCUUUGAAACCAGGACAGGCGAUUGGAGGCCAGAGUGAUGGGGUGAAAAUGCCUCGUGUAAAAGCUGGUCAAGCUGGAAGACAGGGCCCUGGAAAGAGACGACUUGCGGAAAACUUUGCCCCUGGGGAGGUAAUCACUGACAUGACGAAGAAGGAGUGGAAGCUGGGCUCUCCCAUUGGCCAGGGCGGCUUCGGUUGUAUAUAUCUUGCUGAUAUGAAUUCUUCAAAAUCGGUGGGCAGCGAUGCACCUUGUGUUGUAAAAGUGGAGCCCAGUGACAACGGACCUCUCUUUACUGAACUGAAGUUCUACCAGCGAGCUGCCAAACCAGAGCAAAUUCAGAAGUGGAUUCGUACCCAUAAACUGAAGUACCUGGGUGUUCCUAAGUAUUGGGGGUCUGGCCUACAUGAUAAAAAUGGAAAGAGUUACAGGUUUAUGAUAAUGGAUCGCUUUGGGAGUGACCUUCAGAAAAUAUAUGAAGCAAAUGCCAGAAGGUUUUCUCGGAAAACUGUCUUGCAGCUAAGCUUGAGAAUUCUGGAUAUUCUGGAAUAUAUUCACGAGCACGAGUAUGUACACGGAGAUAUCAAGGCCUCAAAUCUUCUUUUGAGCUACAAGAAUCCUGACCAGGUGUACUUGGUAGAUUACGGCCUUGCUUACCGGUAUUGCCCAGAAGGAAUUCAUAAAGAAUACAAAGAAGACCCCAAAAGAUGUCACGAUGGCACUAUUGAAUUCACCAGCAUCGAUGCGCACCAUGGUGUUGCCCCAUCAAGACGCGGCGAUUUGGAGAUCCUUGGCUAUUGCAUGAUCCAGUGGCUUAGCGGCCGCCUUCCUUGGGACGAUAAUUUGAAAGAUCCUAACUAUGUUAGAGAUUCCAAAAUUAGAUACAGAGAAAAUAUUGCAGAUUUGAUGGACAAAUGUUUUCCCGAGAGAAACAAGCCAGAUGAGAUUGCUAAAUACAUGGAAACAGUGAAAUUAUUGGACUAUGCCGAGAAACCUCUUUAUCAGAACUUGCGAGACACUCUUCUGCAAGGACUGAGAGCUAUAGGAAGCAAGGAUGACGGCAAACUGGACCUCAGCCUUGUGGAGAAUGGAGGCUUGAGAACAAAGUCAAUAACGAAGCGCAAGAAAGGAAUUGAGGAGAGCACCAAAUCCAGUGUUGAAGAUAUGGAAUGCUCCAAUACACAGACAGAAGAGGCCACAAAAACCCGAAGUGAGGAGUCCCGAGGAGCAGUGCGUGGAAGCCUGUCUCAGCCAGAGGCUAGCAGCAGCAGCUAUGACAGUGAGUGGGAGCAAAAUCAAGGAGCAUUUGUAAAGAUAGAGCAAUAUUCUUACUUUAAAAAAAAUCCCUUAUAUUUUUAAAAGGGCAGUUUUAGUUCAGCAAAGGGCCCACAUUGUGGUAGUAAGGUUGAAACCCAUUUAGACCAGAGUGAAUUCACAGCUGUGCGUGGAGAAGACUCAUGCUUCUUUUGACUGCCUGAAGGUCAUUUGUUACCUGAACUUUGCUUUAGUGAGCAUCAGGGUUAUUUGUUUUGAUACAUCAAUGAUUUUAAAAUUGGACUAUAAUUAUGAAAAAAUGUUUUUUAUACUUAAAAUUUUAAUUUAAGGUCCUUACGUUGC